CAACGACCGAAAAGUACCUACACAACAAGGACGCUCCACAUUUGAGUCAAUGAAACGAAAGUGAGAGUAUUUACUUACCGAAACGCACCGUGUGAUAUAAUAACAAACAAUGCUCUUUUUUGCUCGGGAAUAAUAAAAAAUGAUAAUCGAUAAUAUGAAGACUUUUUUUUUCGGGGUGGUACUGACGUGUUUUACGGUUAUCGGGGCGAGUAAAGAUUGCAAGCAAUUGAGUACUUCGAAAUUAAUUUGUUACUAUAGUACUGUUGAAGAUGUUAUUGAAGGUUGUUACUGUACUCAUAUUAUUUUGCCGGCAAAUUCGGAUGUUAAGGCCGUUGAAAAGUUAAAAGAACGUUACAAGGGUGCUAAAGUUUACGUCAGUGUUAAUGAAUUUAAUCAGGGACUAAUUGAUUUACUCAAAACCCACAAAAUCGACGGUCUAGAAAUCGCCUUGAAGAAACUCGAUACGAAAAACGACAUUUCCGAUUUUAUAUCGACAAUCAAAACGAAAAUCGGUAACGAUUUGGACGUGGUUCUGUCGGUACCGGCCAAAGCCGAUUUGGUUGCUAAAUAUUUCGAUUUUAAAAGUUUGAGCAAACACGUCGAUCUCUAUGUUUUGCAAACCGCUUUUUUGGGUGCUUCUAGUAAUGUCACUUUCCAUCCUAGUCGGUUAUCUGGAAUGUGGGAUGUUCAAAAUACGGAUUCUGUAGUGGAUCUGGUCAGUGGCUUAGGAGCCCCAUUAUCAAAACUAGUAAUCGCAGCUCCGGUGCAAGCUUUUCAAUUUACAUUGCAAAAUGAAGAGUACACUGCCCCAGGAAGCCCUGCACUCGAACUACAAACCCUUACAAGAAACGAAUUAUGCAAAUUGAUACAAAGCAAUAGAAAUUGGACACUGGAAAGAGACGAAGAUCAAGCUGGACCGUAUAUUUUCAGCAAAAAUCACUGGAUUGCCUUUGAAGACUCCAAAUCCAUAGACAUCAAAGUCAAAUACUCCAAAAUACGAGGACUAGCUGGAGUAGCUCUCAAAGACUUGACUCAGGACGGGGCCCAGUGCGGAUCCAGUAUUCUAGAAGCAACAUACAAUGGUUUAUCCAGACAAGCUAGGGCUCCUAGAGGAGCAGUUUUGCAUUCUCUGGAACGAGAAAUGGUUGACGGUUCCGCAAAGCAGCUAGAUUCAAUUCAAUUAUCACCUUAUAAAAUUUCCAGAAUUAUUGAUACUGAAGGCAAAAUUCAUGUUGUAAGACAGGAUACUAGAACCGAAUUCCAGUGUUCCAGACAAGGCUACUUUGUCCAUCCGAGAUCUUGCAACCGAUUCUACAGGUGCGUCAAGUUCAAUCAGCUCUCGGACGACUACAACGUCUUUGAAUUCGAUUGUCCAUCAGGUUUAGCAUUUGACGAACGUGUAGAAGUUUGCGUCUGGCCUGGAAGCCUCCCCCAUGGUACUCCGUGUUCUGGAAGCAGCGAAAUCGCUCCAGUUCCCAAACAAAGAUUCAGUUGUCCAUCGGAGCCUGGAUAUUACGCCGAUCCAGAAAAUUGCCGCUGGUUCUUUGCUUGUUUGGAUCAUGGGAAAUCGGCGUUGGCUGCGUACGAGUUUAGGUGUCCGUAUGGGUUGGUUUUCGAUGGGGAUAGGCUUGUGUGUGAGUGGCCUUGGUUGGUACCCAGAUGUUCUAACGGCCUUGGAGUUGGUCUAGAUUCGAGCUACUACUAUGGCAAUGAUGCGGUAAAAGGCCCACAAUCUGCAGGAGUCAUUUUACAAAAUUACAACGGCCUCGGUCAGCUAGGAGCUGUAAAACUUGGAGGCCUUUCUGGAAAAAUUGAAAAACCAAUUGCUACAGUUUAUAGUAAUGUUGUUGGACAAGGCAGUGGAGCAGGAUAUCUCCAACUGCCUUUGAAAACUUCACAAGCACUCGAAAAUGCUGGAUUAUUGAGAGUCAACAAUGGAGCUGGAUAUGGGGGAUCAGUUUUGGCAAACAUAAAUCAAUAUGACCAACAAGGUGCACAUGAACUCAAUAAAGCAUCAGUUUUGAUUGGCCAAAAUCAAGGGUCAAAUAUCAAUGGAGUUGGUAAACAAGCAACAGCAUCGAUUUUGGUAAAUUCUGGCCAACAUGAUCAAUCUGCCAAUUACCAAGAGUCAAACUCACAUUUGAUCAAAGGUGCUGUUUCAUCUCAAAGCUUUAAUAAUCAAGCCUCGAAUAUUGAGGGACAUCAACAAAACAGCUACGUAAAAAACAAUGAGGCUAUAUCCAAUCAACACUUCAAUCAGUUCCAGGUUGACGCUGAACUAGCCAAACAAAUCAAUAUAAUUGGAGGAGGAUAUUCUAUUGUCGGGACUCCGUCCAAUCUGCAUAUACCAAUCAAUGAAAACGGUCUCCCUCUAUCUAAAUCACCUACCAAUCAAGUUGUUCCAAUUCCUGGUAAAUCAGUGUCAAGUUUUGACACAGUCCAAAGCGGUGUAAUUGCGAACAUCCCCGAAUAUCAAUACAAAAUCAAUUCCUUGGAAGAUGCUGGUCUUGUCGCUAACAUUUCCAGCAAUUUUCCAAAUUUUGUAGUCCAAUCUGCUGCAAAUGAAGCUACUAUUCGCGAUCAACUUUCCAGAGGCUUGACAGCUGCAUUAAAUCCUAUUACAGUUGUAUCACAAGAUGUUUAUUCCAUUCAACAACAACCUGGUACAGUUUUCAAACAGCCUCAAAAUAAUGCUGCAAUAAUAUCGAAGUUUUCAAUUAGAAAACCUACAAAAACUGUUGUUGAAGAUUACACAUAUCAAAAGCCUCUAUAUCAACAACCUCAACUGCUCUCAACUUAUACUUAUCAACCUCCAGUUCAAAAACAGCCACUCACUCAAUACACUUAUCAAAGUGUCGCUCAGAAUUCAGCAAUAAGGCCUAUGCAUGCGUAUUCUUAUCAACCUACAGGAGGAAGUUAUCAAUAUGCUAAUAUUCAAAACAAGCAACAGCAGUUCAAUGGAAAUUCUGUGAAAGCUACUUAUCAGUAUUCCACUCCUAGACCAGAAACUGUUUCUGUAGUUUAUUCUACACCGAAACCUGUACAACCUGCUGUAGUCACUAGUUAUUACAAUACAGGAUCUAUUAAAGCUAAUUCAGAUGUUGUAGAGCAGCAAAAUAUUGGAUACUCUUAUCCUACACCUCAAGUUCCUGUAGUUUACUCUACACCAAAACCUGCUCAACCUGCUGUAAUCUCUAGUUAUUACAAUUUAGGCUUUACUAAAGCUAAUUCAGACAGUUCUGUUGUAGACCAGCAAAAUAUUGAUAUUGGAUAUACUUAUCCAAGACCUGAAGUCAAAUUUGAAGAAGCUCCUGUGGUAUAUUCUACACCAAAACCUGUCCAACCUGCUGUAAUCACUAGUUAUUACAAUACAGGAUCUGUUAAAGCUAAUUCAGACGUUAUUGAACAGCAAAAUACUGGAUACACGUAUCCAAGACCUGAAGUCAAGUUUGAAGAGUCUCCUGUAGUUUAUUCUACACCAAAACCUGUUCAACCUGCUGUAGUCACGAGUUAUUACAAUACAGGAUCUAUCAAAGCUAAUACAAACACUUUUGUAGAGCAGCAAAACAUUGGAUACUCUUAUCCAAGACCUGAGGUUAAGUUUGAAGAAGCUUCUGUAGUUUACUCUACACCAAAACCUAUUCAACCUGCUGUAAUCUCUGGUUAUCACAAUACAGGAUCUAUUAAAGCUAAUACAGACACUGUUGUAGAGCAACAAAAUAUUGAAUACACUUAUCCUAGGCCUGAAGUAAAGUUUGAAGAAGCUGCUGUAGUUUACUCUACACCAAAACCUGUUCAACCUGCUGUAGUCACUAGUUAUUACAAUAUUGGUUCUACUAAAGCUAAUUCAGACAAUUCUGUUGUAAACCAGCAAAAUAUUGAUAUUGGAUACACUUAUCCAAGACCUGAGGUCAAGUUUGAAGAAGCUCCUGUGGUAUAUUCUACACCAAAACCUGUUCAACCUGCUGUAGUCUCUAGUUAUUACAAUACAGAGUCUAUUAAAGCUAAUAAAGACACUAUUGUAGAGCAACAAAAUAUUGGAUACUCUUACCCAAGACCUGAAGUCAAGUUUGAAGAAGCUCCUGUGGUAUAUUCUACACCAAAACCAAUUCAACCUGCUGUAGUCUCUAGCUAUUACAAUUUAGGUUCUACCAACGCUAAUUCUGAUGUGGCUGUAAAGCAGAAAAAUAUUGGAUACUCUUAUCCUAAACCUGAAGUUAAGUUUGAAGAAGCUCCCGUUGUUUACUCUACAUCAAAACCUGUUCAACCUUCUGUAGUUACGAGUUAUUACAAUACAGGAUCUAUCAAAGCUAAUACAAACACUGUUGUGGAGCAGCAAAAUAUUGGAUACUCUUACCCAAAACCAGAAGUCAAGUUUGAAGAAGCUCCUUUGGUAUAUUCUGCACCAAAACCUGUCCAACCUGCUGUAGUCACUAGCUAUUACAAUAUUGGUUCUAAUAAAGCUAAUUCAGACACUUCUGUUGUAGAACAGCAAAAUAUUGGUAUUGGAUACAAUUAUCCAAAGCCAGAAGUCAAGUUUGAAGAAGCUCCUGUAGUUUACUCUACACCAAAACCUGUUCAGCCUGCUAUAGUCACUAGUUAUUACAAUAUAGGUUCUACUAAAACUGAUUCGGGCACUGUUCUGGAACAACAAAAUAUUGAAUACACUUAUCCUAGGCCUGAAGUGAAGUUCAAUGAAGCUCCUGUAGUUUAUUCUACACAAAAACCUGUUACCCAGUACUAUAAUCAUCCAAGUUCUACUCCACAACCUCAGGCAGCUGUAGUCACCAACCAAUUCGACAUAGAAUCUACUAAAACUGACUUGGAACAACAUAUUGGCUACAAUUAUCCUCAACAAGAAGUUAAGUUUGAUUAUUCAACACCAAAACCUGCUCAGCCUGCUGUAGUCUCUAGUUAUUACAAUUUAGGCUCUUCUAAAACUAGUUCAGAUGUUGUUGUAGAACAGAAAAAUAUUGGAUACUCUUACCCAAGACCUGCAGUUAAAUUUGAAGAAGCACCUGUAGUUUAUUCUACACCAAAACCUGUUCAACCUGCUGUAGUCGCUAGUUAUUACAAUUUAGGUUCUACCAAAACUGAUUCAAACACUGUUCUAAAACAACAAAACAUUGGCUACACUUACUCUAGGCCUGAAGUGAAGUUCAAUGAAGCUCCUGUAACUACAUCCACACCUGUUACCCACUACUAUAACCUUCCAGCCUCUACUCCACAACCUCAAGCAGCUGUAGUCACCAACCAAUUCAACAUAGAAUCUACCAAAGCUGACUUGGAACAACAUAUCGGUUUCACCUAUCCUCAAUCAGAAGUUAAAUUUGAUUAUUCAACAACACUAAAACCUGUUACCGAAUAUUAUCAUGAGCCAAGCUCUACUCCACAACCUGCUGUAGUCAAUAGUUAUUUCAACAUUGGCAGCACCAAAACUGGCUACAGUUAUCCACAACAAGAAAUCGAAAUUAAACCAAGACCAAGUAUAGUUGCAGAAUCAAACAAAGGCUAUAAUUAUCCAAAACCAACGCUUAAAUUUGAAGAAGAACGUCUACCAGUUCAAGAAGUACCUUUCGUCAAAAAAACUGCCUACGUUACUGGACAAGAAAACUACAAUCAAGCCAAAGUUGUGGUUGAAAACUAUGAAUUUCCGGAAUAUGAAAAAGUGUUUGGUGAAAGGACGCAGCAGUCUACACCUAAACCAACUUUUACUUCUACUAUCAAAACCAUUAUUGCCAGAAAGAAGGUGCAACCUGUAGUGACUACAUACGACAGUAGAUUAACUUCUACACCUACAGUUACUACUAGGCCGAUUUUAAAAUCGACUACUGUAGAGCCGGUACGAACCUACCUACCAGUAACUUCUACUGUUGCUACUACUAGCGCUUUGCCUAAACGAACCAAAACUAAAGUAGUAGAACAAUAUGUAGCGUCUAGAGAUUAUUUACCAUCUAGAAAUUAUUUACCUACAAGAGAGUAUUUACCAGCAACAACAGAAGAACCAGAAAUUACCACUCUUAGCAGGGAGUAUUUGCCUAUAAGGACAAGAUUAAGAAUUACUACAACAGGAUCACCAGGCAAUAAAAUUCCAAGUAGGCCUGUAACUGUUAUAAAACAAAACGACGCUCAUCCUCUUUUGUCGGCCAAACUUGGUGCUCAAUGCACUUGCGUUUCUAAUACCUUAAAGUUGAGGAAAAAACAAAAAAUAAUUGUAGUUGAAGAAGAAGAUGACGAUGAUGGAUAUGAAGUUGAUAACGUUGUUGACAGUUAUGAACCUGGAAAAAUUGUAGAUAUCACUCCAGUGCCUGUAACAAGUACAUUGGAACCACAAGUUUAUGUUAGAAAGCGUGUUAAAGUUACAAAGAAAAAUUCUACUUUUGUUGAUGAUGAUAGAGAAAUCGUAAAAGCUGUACGUACAGGUUUAAAACUAGUUAAGCAAGCAGCUAAGGAAGGUACCCAGGAAGCUCUAGCCAAACAAUUCGACCGGUACGGUCCAGGUGGUUUACGUGGUAAAUCCGAGACUCUACAAGGUACCGUUGACUGUCAAAGGGCAGGACUUUUCAGGCACCCCAGUCAAUGCAACAAAUUUUACGCUUGCAGAUGGGAUUGUACCAAAAACCGAUUCACGUUGCACGUAUUCAAUUGCCCUGUACAUUUGACUUUUGAUAAUUCGUUGGGUGCUUGCAAUUGGCCUAGUCAAGGUCCGGCUUGUGUUGAGAAUACUUUGAUCACCAGUGAUUGAGAACAAUUUGUUAGUGUGAAGUUAUCUCAUGGAUUUCCAAGAUUGCGGUAAUGGAAAAAGUAUGGAUGAAGUGGCUUUAAGUAUUUUCAAGUCUCACUUUGACUGUUGUGUAACGUCCUAAAAUGGGUUUCAAACUUCUGAAUUGUUUUAAAAUGCUUUUGGACAUUGUAACUGGAUUUUUAAAUGUUCUGGAGCAUUAUAAAAUGGUUGUGAAGUUUCAAAAUUGUUCUGAAGUGUUACAGAAUAUUGCGUUUUUACGUGUUAAACUUUCCAAGAGUUGAUAGGUUCAUGGCUGAGAUUUUAUGGAUAACUUUACACUUUUUGCCAUAACUUUUUUGUUUUAAAACGGCUUUGAACUGAAGAUUUAUACAUUUUUAUAUUUAAUCUUUAUUUAUUUAUAAUUUUCAUAUUUUGCUUUUUAAUGUCAAUCGAAAUCAUGUGAAUCAUUUCAAAAUUAAGCAUAUUUAGAUUUAAGUUAUGUUGCUUCAAAUGUUUGUAAAUGUAUAAAAAGUGCCUUUUGUAAAAAUUGUUGUAUAGUGUUUAGGAUAUAAGAAUAAAUAAAUUAUUGAAGAAUUUUUCUAUGGUUUUAUUUAUAAUAAUCUUACAAUUAAAAACCUUAUAACUAAAUGCCAAACAUGUUUGUACUUGACUGUAUAAAGUAAAUAAUAAAAAUUAAACUUAAGACUAAAGUAGCUACAUUUUUAAAUACUAAAAAGCACUUGCCGGCCAAUAAUUUUGUAAAAAAUAUGAACACACAACAUGUUUUAAUACUUAUUUAUUAUUAUUUGAUCUGUGGAUGUUUUGUUAUUAAAAUUUAUCAUUGGAACUUAGUUUUAAUCAAAAAUAUUACUGAAAUUACACUGUCAACCAGGUACACUGCUCCAUUUAGAACGCACAGAGAGCCAAGUGCAAGACCA